AUGAGAGCGGAAACGAAGAAUGAAUCAAAGAAAGAGAAAGAAAGGGAAGAAGAAGAAGAGAGAAAAGGAAAAAAGGAAUGGAACGAGUUUGCCAUCGAAGAUAUACUCAAAAGGUGUCCCUCAAAGAGAGGAAGAAAGGAGAAGAGACGAAAAAAGAACUGGUGA